GGCAGAGCCAGCGGGAUCAUGGAGGACUGCACAGAUGGGAGAGGAUCUUUGUUGCAGGAACGUCGACAUUCUCUAAAGGUGAAAAUGAAUCCUUCCUUAUAUAAAGAGCCCACUGUGGGACCACUGACCAUUUAUAGGAUGGAGUUAAACUAUGUUCAAAAUUAUCACAAAUGGGAGUAUGGAGCUGCAGACCCACAAAAGAGCAGCAAAGUCGUAAUGAUGAUUGGUGAAUCCGGAUCUGGCAAAACGACUCUGAUUAAUGCCAUAAUUAACUACAUCUUUGGCGUGGAGUGGAAAUACGAUUACAGACUGGAACUAAUUAUAGAGAAGAGCCAGCGAUCCAAAGUCAACAUUUAUCAGAUCAACCACGCAGAGGACUUUCGUAUCCAGGAUUCCCUGACCAUCAUCGACACUAACGGGUAUGGAGACACAGCAGAUAAGAAGAUUAUACAGCUGAUACGAGAGUUCUUCUCCAGCUCUGACCUCAACCACGUUGACGCCUUAUGUUUUGUGAAUCCCUCGCCCGCGGCUCACGUAAUACCAACACAGCACAUGUUUGACUCAGUCCUCUCCAUAUUUGGCCAAAGCAUAAGGGAGAACAUCACCUUCUUUAACACUUUUACUGACGGUCAAGACACACCAGAUCCGGCUGCGAUGACUGGGGCUCUAUGCAUGAAAGGUUAUAAGCACUUCACCUUCAAUACCUCUGUCUUGCAUGCCAAUAAUUGCCCCAGCGAGGGCAAUAAGGACGAAUGUGCUGCUCAUGAGAGGCAGUGGGUGAUGGGGAUGGAAAGCAUUGAAAGCUUUUUAAAGCAUGUGUCCAAUCUAUCGAGAAAGACGGUGACUUUAAAUACAGAUGUUCUCAUGAGCAGCAAUGCCCUUGAGGUGACGUUGGAAGGGCAGAUCCUUAAAAUAGAGGAAGCGAUGUCGAAACUGCAUGAGCUGGAGCAAACGGCAACCCUACUGAAACGCCACCGAGUUGAUAUUGAAGAGAACGAACAUUUUGAGUUCCAAGUGCAGAAAAUAGUUAAAAAAAAGCAGCCUACAAGGGAGACGUCCACCAACUGCGGCGCGUGCCUGUCCACGUGCCAUCGCGACUGCCUGGUGUUUUCCAAGAAGUUCAUUUAUUUUUGUGAAGUUUUUCAUUGGAAUGCAACGUGUAAAGUGUGCGGUCACGGCAAAGACCUCCACUCUUCCGAGAACCUCCUGUGGCAAAUCACGAUGGAAAGCACCAGGAUCACUUACUCUAGCGUCAGGGAGAGGUACAAGAAGGAUAACAAGGAGAUGACAUACGCCAGGGUUCUGGAAGAACUGAAGACUGAGACAGAGAAGGUGGAAGAAGAGGCGCUGAGGCUCAUCCGCAGUGCUACCGGCAGCUAUCAACUGCUUGAAGGGAAAUCGACCAGGUCAGUUGAGGACUUCAUCAAUCUGCUCAUUGCCACCGAGAGACAUGAAAGAAAGAGCGGAUUUAAAGAAAGAAUUGAGAUGCUGAAUAAAGCCAGAUUAAAGUUAAAGGUGUGCAACACAUCUGGAGUGGAAGAACGUUUCGCGCACAGCAAAUAGUGCGGAAAUCUGCGACUACUGAACAGCAAAAUUAUAUUUUUCCUUUGAUCAUUUUUUUAUUCUCCAGGUGAAAUCUCCAACAAACUCUCUGCCUUCCUAUCUCCGCUCACCGCCAUUUGGAAUAACUUGGGCUUCCCCCCAGGCUUCUCACCCCUCCGUUCUCAGUCUUGGUUUCGUUCUCAAUUUAUUCAUGACUUUAUUGAAGGAGACUCAUGGUGUACUUAAGUGUCUCUGAUAUGCCAAUAUCAUAUAUCUAGACCUGUAUUUUAUGAGUUUCUGCAGAUCUUAUUUCUGCUCCUUACCCAGAGUUUCAAUCUUUAGACAUUUUACACUUUUUUUGUUCUUAAUCAAGAACGUAGUUUGGAGGAUGAUCUGGGGCAUUCCCGAGGUAAGGAUUCAUGGAGUAUUAUUAGAAAGAAUGUGGCAAAGUCAUCUAUCUCAAUUAAACAGAAUUCUUAUAGAAUCUGUAUUAGAUGGUAUUUGGUACCAACCCGACUUCAUCAAUUUUUUUCCUCUUCCUCCCCACUCUAUUGGCGUGGAUGUGGUCAGGUAGGUGACUUUGCACACAUUUGGUGGACCUGCCUUAUUGUCAUUCCUUAUUGGGGUUUGCACACAUUUGGUGGACUUGCCUUAAGGUCAUUCCUUAUUGGGGUUUGCACACAUUUGGUGGACCCGCCUUAUGGUCAUUCCUUAUUGGGGUUUGCACACAUUUGGUGUACCUUCCUUAAGGUCAUUCCUUAUUGGGGUUUGCAAACAUUUGGUGGACUUGCCCUAAGGUCAUCCCUUACUGGGAUUUGCACAAAUUUGGUGGACCUGCCCUAAGUUCGGUGUUGGUGUGGCCCACAGGGACAACCCCCGGUGGGCCACACUGCCUGCCCCCUACCCCCCCUUCCUCUAGGGUUCAGGUUCCACAGUGUACACUUGAAUUAUACAUUAUACAUAUGUUACAUUAUACUGCAUUGCUGUUAUUAAUCUGGUACAUUAUCAUACAUACACAUACACUAGCAAUAUCUACAGCACUCUCUAAUGGUUAGCUAAACCUCUGGAGACUAGCCACACCGCUAAACAUGUGCCCCAGUCCAACACUGCCUAAGUUCAUUCCCUAUUGGGGUUUGCACACAUUUGGUGGACCUGCCCUAGGUCAUUCCUUGUUGGGGUUUGCACACAUUUGGUGGACCUUCCCUAGGUCAUUCCUUGUUGGGGUUUGCACACAUUUGGUGGACCUGCCCUAGGUCAUUCCUUGUUGGGGUUUGCACACAUUUGGUGGACCUUCCCCAGGUCAUUCCUUGUUGGGGUUUGCACACAUUUGGUGGACCUGCCCUAGAUCAUUCCUUGUUGGGGUUUGCACACAUUUGGUGGACCUGCCCUAGGUCAUUCCUUGUUGGGGUUUGCACACAUUUGGUGGACCUGCCCUAAGGUCAUUCCUUGUUGGGGUGAGAUUGGUAAUCUUUUGAGUGAUAUUUUACAGAUUUCAGUGCCUCUGAGUCCUUGGACGGCUUUGUUAGGGAUUCUGGAUUUAGUAAAUUUUUUUUAUAAAUAAUUGUAUUUUUUAUGUGCUCCAAGCUGCUAGAUGUUCGCUAGCAAAGUGUCUGAAUCAACCUUCCAUCCAUCUUUGCAUAUGGUUAAAGCUAAAAUCUGGUUUAUUGCUAAUAUGGAGAAAAUGACUGCUUCUCUCCAUAAUAAAGUAGAUAGGGUUAAUCAGGUCUGGGGCCCAUGGUUCACCUUUGUUUUAGGAUUCACUCCCAGAGACUAGGCCCUUGACUCUUAUUACCCAGCUGUAGCAUCUCUAUUGACUUUUUUAAGUGCAUUUCUGUUUUUUAGUGUGCAAUAAUUUUUCCCAGAUUGUGGCCUCCAUUUCUUUUCUUACUUUUUUAUUUUUAUUUUUAAGUUAACUUUAAAUAAAUUGGUCAUUUUGAAAAUUUGUUAAAUACCUAUCUUUGAAAUGUGGUUGAUUACUUCAUUUGUGGCAAUU